UUGCUGCACACACGUGGUAUCCCACAUACGGGUCGUACGUUAGCCAAACUUUGAGCACGUCUUACGCAUGAUCCCUCUGACGGGCUUGACUGUCAUCCUCGUUGGCAACCGCCAGGCUGUCGUCUGAAUUCCCUCCAACAUGUGCUAUGAAGGCGUUCUAUGGAAUGGUGCCACUGCUCCCGAACGUCCUCACAAGAAUAUCGAUUCCCGUGGCCUGCCCCAAACAUUCUGGUGUUCUUCUACCAGAACCUUUGUCAGGAAGACACAUCCUCCAGAAGAAUUUAGCUCCUCAAUAGGUGUUUCUAUCUCCUCAUCUCUUAGUCGCAGGACAGAGGUAUCCAACGGGGAGAAGAUCGUGAUCAAAUUCUUCGAGUCGGGCGUUGUUCUUACCCCAAUCCGAGGGCCAGUGCGGCAACCAUGUGCAGUUCAACGGGGGUAUCUUGAGAGCGACUUAUAAAAGGAUGUUGAAGUGGAUAGCAUUGACGACUUGAUCAGGAUUUACAAUGGACCACGCUAGCUGUGAUAUGACAUCAUGGAGACGAAGUACUAGUUAGAUAUCAUCAUUUACU